AUGAAAGAUGGCAAACCUUGUCGAGUUUGUGUUGAUUUCAAAACUUGGGCAAGGUUAGGCAAGCGAAAGGACAGUUCAAAAGAAAACAAUAGCGCAGCAGAGACACAAACAGCAGCAAAGUCAAAUGCUAAACCGACCGUACCAGCAGCAGAGAUAGUAGGAACGGAUGAGUGGAAGAGACAGAAUUGCCCUGCAGAUGUGAAAACGUUAGGCAGACAUACUUGGACUUUAUUACAUACAAUGGCUGCUUAUUACCCUGAAAAACCUGAUAAUGAACAACAGCAAAGUAUGAAGACAUUUUUCGAAACAUUUACCGAACAUUAUCCAUGCUGGUUCUGCAAGAAAGACUUCAAAAAAGAAAUGGCUGAAAAUCCUAUUGAUGUGACAAGCAGAGACGCGUUAAGUGAAUGGCUUUGCAAAAGGCAUAACAAAAUCAACGAAAAGCUGGGAAAGAAGCAAUUUGAUUGCAGUAAAGUGUUUGAACGCUGGUUGACGGGUCCAGCUGAUGGUAGCUGUGAUAAAUAG